GGCGCAGGCGCAGGGCAGAAGCGACUCCUCACGGGAGCCGUGGCUCGGCUCCGAAGGUUCCUCAGUUAGUAGCCCUCGCCAUGGCGCUGAGCCGGCGGCUGCCUCUCCGCCUCUGCCCUGGGCCGUCCCUGCUCGUCCUGCUGCUGUUCGUGCGGAGUUGCCUUAUUGGGGCUGUGAACUUGAAAUCCAGCAACCAGAAUCCUGUGGUACGGGAAUUUGAAAGUGUGGAACUGUCUUGCAUCAUUACAGACUCUCAAACAAAUGAUCCCAGGAUUGAGUGGAAAAAAAUUCAAGAUGAUCAAACAACCUAUGUAUUUUUUGACAAUAAAAUCCAGGGGCACUUGGCAGGUCGUGCAGAGCUCUUGGGAAAAACUUCUCUGAAGAUCCUAAAUGUGACACGGUCAGACACGGCCUCUUACCGCUGUGAAGUUGUAGCUCGAAAUGAUCACAAGGAAAUUGACGAGAUUGUCAUUGAUCUCACAGUGCAAGUGAAACCAGUGAUUCCUGUCUGCAGAGUGCCAAAGGCUGUACCUGUUGGCAAGUCCGCAACACUGCACUGCCAGGAGAAUGAGGGCUAUCCCCGGCCCCAGUACAGGUGGUACCGAAAUGACAUACCUUUGCCAACUGACUCCAAAGCCAACCCCAGGUUCCGAAACUCUUCAUUUGUCUUGAACUCUGACACUGGCACACUGGUUUUCAGUGCUGUACACAAGGAGGACACAGGCCAGUACUACUGCAUUGCUACCAAUGAAGCUGGCUCCGCCAACUGUGAAGAGCAGGAGAUGGAAGUCUAUGACCUGAACAUUGGUGGGAUCAUUGGAGGGGUUUUGGUUGUCCUGGCUGUCCUAGUCCUGAUAACUCUGGGCAUCUGUUGUGCAUAUAGACGGGGUUAUUUCAUCAACAACAAACAGAAUGGAGAAAGCUACAAGAAUCCAGGGAAACCUGAUGGAGUUAACUAUAUCCGGACAGAUGAUGAGGGGGACUUCAGACACAAGUCAUCCUUUGUGAUCUGAAAUCUGACCAUCUGGCAGAGAACACAUGCAAAUACCUCCGUUAGAGACUCCGAUCAAGAGCAACCUAUGAGCAAAGUGCGCUUGGAGAGAGUUAGACGCUUGUACAAAACUUGUUUUUCCCCUUGCCAAAGUUGGCAAUGAAUUGUCCCCAAGAUGGGGGAUGGUAACUGGAGAAGACUGAAUUUGUGUAUCGGGAGGAUUACCAAGUAGGAAUAGCCCUAGUCCUUUGCCUUCCAGGGUAGGAUACCAUAAAAGUGUCUCCCAAAGUGAGUUUUUCCAUGCCUGCAGUUCAGGAGGUAGAAGUUUGUUAAAGGUUAGACGUGAGCCUAUGGUACUAAUUAGCUUCUCAGCAGUGGUAGGGAGAAGGGAGGGCAGCUGCAUAGGACCUUAGGAAUACAAAUUAAGAUUUGACUCACCUUGCAGGUGUGGAAUUGGAAAUUAUGAUAAAUCUACAAAGCUGAGGCCUUUUAUGCAAUUAACCUGUUUUUAAAUUGACUGGCCUUAUAGGCACUAUUGUGCAAUUCCUUUUUAAAACCUUUUAAAAAUCAAUGCAUAGUAUCAGUCAGCAUUUUAUAAAAACCAAAAUAAGGAAGGUUGUUUGCAGGUCUUACCUCUUAUCUGAAAAAGAUAGGCUUGCCCAUGGUGGGUUUUCAAUAUUUAAGAAAAUAUUUUAAAUUAAAAGCAAAACAUCCAUCCUGGGCCAGGUUUAAAAUGGUACUGAAAUAGUUUCUGCUUUUUUAUGGGUCUUGUUUAUUUUGUAGGGUUCUGCAUUCUAAAUUUUUGCAAAAGAUGUAUUUUGAUUACUUCAAAGAAUGAAAUUUUUUAUUUAAAUUGUAAAUAUGUUGUCACGCAACAAUGUUAACAUUUAAAAAAAAAUCAAACACAAGUUAGGCACUUCAAAUCACAACAGUGUUAACACUGAGAAUGCCAGCAUUUAAAAGCACCUGUACUCAAGUCUUACAGGCUCACAGAAGAGCUUUCCUUCUUCCAGACAGCAGCAUUUCCCCCAGGAAAGCUUGUGAGUCAUACAUUGGACCAUUGCUCAGGUAUCAUUUUUCAAAAUUCCAUUAAGAAGCAAAGAUACUUCUGUAACCUUUGUAACUCUAAAAACCAGAUAUAUUAUACCCUUGAGUAGUAUUUGAACUGCUUUUACCCUCACAUCUCUUUAACAGGCAGAUGUAUUUGAAGACUACCCAGAAGCUCUAAUUCAUUUAUCUACUUAUGGAGUAAGUCACAUGGCUACCGCUCCAGAAUUGGUAUUGGCUGUUAGCUUCUGAGUAUUAUUCAGUGUGGCUGCUUAAGGAUUUAAAAUCUGGUGUGGCUCUGCAUCCCAAAUAGCUUUGCUAUCAAGUCCUAUGUCUGAUGGAAGCUCAACUUGGAUCAGGAAGUAUUUAAAGAUGGACACUUCAAAAACAGUUAGGUGUGUUUUUCCAUGCAGUCUGUUGGGUUCCCUAUCGUGAUCUGACCUCAGCCUUCAGGUCUCAUCUUGUUCAGACUGUCAACCCUGGAAGGUCAAUUAAGCAAAGCAGGGGCUUUGUUUUUUAAAACUACCUUUAACUAUUUGUGUUUCACAUGACUGCACCCAACGUCAAGGGUGAUUUUAGAAAUGAAAUCUAUCAACUACAGUAACAUUUUUUAAAAAAGAAAAUGAAUUUCAUUAUUACCCUUUGGUAUGAAGCAGCCAGACACUGUAGGCUGUCUGUCUCACUUUUCAGUAAGCCAUGAUGUGGUGGCAGCUACCCCAGUCUUUUGAAGAGGAUUAGAUUGUAUAACCAGUGCAGAAAACCUGAGAAAAGUAAAAUGCUUGAAUCAAAAGCAUUUUUCUAAUUUUGAUUUUAAACUUUGAUGUCCCUGAGGCUUUGCUCACUUUGGGGGCUUUAGAAAGAAUAUUCAGUAGUCCUUGUUCUUCAAAAGUAGGUGUUCUUAGCCUCAAAGACAUUGCUAUGUCACACUCAUGGUGUGAAGAGGUUUGAUGCAAGGAGCUUCUCCAAAAAGGCUCUUAUGACUCAGUGAUGUGCUUAAAGGAUAUUUUUUCAUGUAGCAGAAUGUAGCCAUCUUGUGAUUAAAUUUCAGUUGAAUUGUCUUAACUUUUAUGCUUUGACAGUAUUUUGGUUGGAUACUUGUAAAUGUUAGAAUUUACAGCUUUUUUUUUGUAGUUUAUAUAAAAAUACUAUGCCUUGGGAUUUUUCACCAAAUGUUUGUUUUCAUUGGGCAAUUGUAUAGCUGUGGCUUCACAGUUACCUAUUUGUUCAUUGCAUCAGUAUUUUAAAUGUUUAGAAUUAGGACUGUUCUCAAGGACAGUGCAGAGCCAAUCUCCCCUUUUUCUAGACUAGAUGGGGAAUAAUGCCUUGACCUUUUCCUUGGGUUGCCAUAGUGAUAAGGCAGCUUUAUUGUCUCUAGUUUUAUACACUAAAGCCUUCCCACCCUAGCCCUGUGUUCCACCAUGGUCAGUAUAAAGUAGGAGAAAAAUGUGAAGUCUAGCAGGCUUUUGCUGCAGAAAGAUUUAAAAAGGAAAAUUUUUUUUUAAUUGGAAAAUUCACAUAUUUUUAAGAUGUGAAAUGAGGCUAAGAGGAUUCAGGAAUUCUAUCCAAGGCAGUUUUUCUUGUCUUUGGUAUGGAUAUCACUGUACAUAAAUGUUAUAGAUUUGUACUAAUACAUAUAAUUUGAUACUUCUGUAAGACAUCAUUUAUAAACCUUUUUUUUAAGAAAAAAAUUAUAACCCCAGCCUCUUUAUUUAAACAUUCUUCAAAAGAAACACUUUCCUUCUUUUUCACUUAGCUAAUUUAUUAGGGAAAAGUAGGCAGGAAAGCCAGUGUGAAACAAAAACCACUUGACUGGUAUAGCCCAGUAGUUUAUAAAGGGAGGCCAUAAUCCCUACACCACCUACAAGAGAUCAAUGCCUAUACUGUAGAUAGACCAAGUAGUUCACCAAAGAGCAACACUGUGAGGCAUACUCUAUUAACGGCAUUCAUUUUUGUCUUACAAGUUAAUAUACCUAGUUAUAUGGGGUAGAGGAGAAACACAGGAUGACAUUUCACUCCUCAAACCCAACUGGCUAUGUGUAUUAAAAACACAUGCACACACAAACCCCAAGACCUAACCCUGUGCAUUUCGCUGCUGUAAUACUGGGAUUAAACCUUGGAACCCACUGAA